UCGCCUCCAUUGCCAAGGAUUGCCUUGAUUCCAGGAUCCCGAAGGAACUCAAUCAUUUUCUAACAAGGGUCACGAGAGAGGGCAUGGACAAGGUCUUUCCUCUGAUCAACUCCGAGUUUAACUACUGCAUCAUGAGCAUUGUCCGCCGAGAUGCACACAGGUCUUUCCUUGCCUUCCCUCUUGAUCCUGGUUCCAUUGACUGCAUCUGGGCUCGAGGGAUGGUCCAAAAUCUAUCCUUCACCCAGGUCAUCAUCAACAUGAUGGGAGAGAUGCCGGAAGCGGAUGCGGUGGGAAUUGGAGCUUACAACAACAACAACGACAACAACAACAACAACAACAAUGACGAUGGCGGCUGUGACGAUGAUGGCGGCAGUGACAACCAUGGCAACAACAACAACAACAACAACAACAAUAACAACGACUACAGCGGCAGCGACGUCCACGGCAGCAGUGGUGUUGAGAGCGGUGUCUGGGCAUCUCAGAUCAUCAUCAGCAUGAUGGGAGAGAUGCCACAAGCGGACGUGGUGGGGAUGGGGGAUGCCAACAACAACAACAACGAUGAUGGCGGCAGCGACGACGACGGCGGCAGCGACGAUCACGGCACCAGCGGGGCAGAGAGCAGCAGCAUGAUGGGAGAGAUGUCGCAUGCUGACGUGGUGGGGAUUGGGGUUGACACGGAUAAGAGGCUUACCAUCUCCCCCCCCUUCCCCUCCUUCAACCCCGUUGUCUGGCUGAGGAUAGGAGUAGGAUAGUCGAUGUUGAUUGGGUUGCCCGACCCGCAAUAUCAAUCAACAACAGGGUACUGAUCGCCCCGUGGGAUGGAGGUGGGCUGGUUAGGGACUAGAAUGCAGGUGGUCAAUCCUUCCCUUGCGCAGGGAAGUAAUCAAUGCCCCUGCUCUCUUUGGACAAUGGGUAAUGGAAGCUGCACUUGCCGUCCAGAUCACACAGAUUACAUCAUUGAUAAGAAUCACACACAUCAUCUCUUUGUUAGGGUUUCGGGUUAUUGCAUAAAGGAAGCUGGACUCGACGUCCAGAUCACACAUAUUACAUCACUGAUAGAGAUUCGUGCUUAGUCUUGAUUGAUAAAGAUCAUACGCAUCA